GUUAAGUUUGGGUUUUGAAAAGCUGUUGAACAAAAAAAGUGGGAAUUUUAAAGUUUUAAGCAAAAACCGCAGAGCGAAAGAUCCCCAAAAAGACCGCGCUGAAUCCACGAAAAGGAAUUCAGUUUCCCCUAGGGUUCCGGGUUUGCGAUUCAUUUCGCAGAAUGAUGAGAAAACUCGCCAAUCCGGCCGGUGAAAGGAACAAGGAUCCGAUUCUAGGUGUGCUGAAGCGGUUUCUCAACAUAACCAAACCGGACCAACAGCUCCUGGAGGUUUCAUCCGGUGUCGGACUGCACUCGCCGUACUUUGCGGCCCACUUCCCCAACAUCACGUUCCAGCCGACCGAAUACGAUUCCUCGCUGUUCGGUAGUAUCGAAGCCUAUCGACAGGAAGCCAAUCUGCCCAACGUUCUCGAACCGUUUUUCUUGGACUUUUCAAAACCCCUCACCGAACUGAAGAAGGAAAGCUACGAUUACAUGCUCAACAUAAACAUGCUGCACAUCUCACCGUUCGUUUGUGCCGAAGGACUGUUUGCCAAUGCAGGGACACUGCUGAAGCCGGACGGUUUGCUGAUAACGUAUGGGCCAUACGCCGUUAACGGGGUGCUUACACCGGAGAGCAACGUUCGCUUCAACGAGUCGCUGAAGCACCGAGACCCUUCCUGGGGCAUCAGAGACACGAGCGUGCUGGAAAAGCUGGCAAUCGCUAAUGGUAUCACUCUGCAGGAAAUGAUUGACCUUCCGGCCAACAACAAAUGCUUGAUUUGGAAAAAGAAAGGCGCAUAGGUUUAUUGAAUACAUGCACGCCGUACAUCGGGCA